GAAUGCGGUCAGUCUGACAACAAUGCCCCGUGAUAACAGCGGAGGGAGAGCGAGUGGGAGCGGGCGAGCGGAGAGAGCGCCAUCCGAGUGCGAAAGCUGCGCUGAUAGUGAUAAUGGGGAGCUUUACCGCUAUGCUCCCGCUCGCGAGUCGCGGUUUAGUUGGCGAAAAUCAAUCGUAUCUGACGGUCGCUCUUCGCGCGUGGAAUUCGCGAGCCUGCCUUAAAGUGCGCUCGUGGUUGUGGCACAGCAAGAACAAAACACGGCUUAUCGCCAAAUCAGUUUGCAGGCCUGUCUGUGUGUUGCAGUGACGCAGUGGCGAAAUACGUGAAAUCAUUACACUUUUUCCCCAGACAGCAACCAACACUGUUAAAAACCGCCAACGAAAGUGUUACGCGCUUCCCUCGUCUCUUUUUCUUGUAAUUGACAACAAAAAGCAUACCAACUCACCUUGACGUCAUUUUUUUAUAAUACACACAUCGGACGACAAAAAGCGCUGGUUGUUGUUGCUCGUUUUUUAUUGGUGGCUGCUGGUGCUUGGCACGAACUUAAAAUCAAAAGUUAGCCAACUUUUGUUGUUGGCUCGGUGCGUAAACAAAAAUAAAGAAAACUGUCGACCGAAAGGCGAGCGUAAAAAUUUGCAUCAAUGCAGUCGCGUCGCAUGAAUGAAUGAAAUUCUUAGUGCGCGACAACUAAUUACGAAAGCAAACAAAAGAGGGACAAAUAAACCAUGGUCUACACCAUACCGUUCUUCAGUCACAAUGAGCCGCCCGACCCGAUCAUCACCAAAGAAAAAAGCAUGGCUUGCCUGCAAGAUGAGUUCGGUCACCUAGGCCUCUCCGCCACAGACCUGCCUUUCAAGUCCCCCGAUCUGGACUCCUCGCCCCGGCUGCAGCAUCACAACAACUAUGCGGAGAUCACGGACAGCAGUGCGGAGAACACGUGCCAACAGCGCUGGCCACCUCACGUGGGAGGAGCGGCGGCGGCCUUUGGGCAUCCGGACAAGCCCAUCGGCUGGAUGUACGGACUCCUGGGGUGCAUGAAGCCCGUGCUCUCGUUUAUCGGGAAGUCGGGAGUGAUCGAGGUGAAGAGUCAGCGGAGCGAGGACUGGCAGAUUCCCUUCGAGUCCAUCACGGACUUGGAGUGGCUCGGAAGCGGAGCCCAGGGAGCCGUCUUCAGUGGCAAGCUAAAAAACGAGAUUGUGGCUGUCAAGAAGGUGAAGGAACUCAAGGAAACGGACAUCAAACAUCUAAGGAAGCUCGAUCAUGAGAAUAUUAUUAAGUUCAAAGGAGUGUGUACGCAAUCGCCGGUGUUCUGCAUCAUCAUGGAGUUCUGUCCAUAUGGACCACUGCAGAAUAUAUUGAAGGAGGAGCAAGUCAUGUUACCGUCCCGCUUGGUCUCUUGGUCCAAGCAAAUUGCCCUGGGCAUGCAGUAUCUGCAUUCCCACAAGAUCAUCCACAGGGAUCUGAAAAGCCCUAACAUACUGAUAAGUACAAAUGAGGAGGUGAAGAUCAGCGACUUUGGAACGAGUCGGGAGUUCAACGAGAUCAGCACCAAGAUGAGCUUUGCCGGAACAGUAGCCUGGAUGGCACCGGAGGUGAUCCGGAAUGAGCCGUGCUCGGAGAAGGUGGACAUCUGGUCUUACGGCGUGGUGCUCUGGGAGAUGCUUACCUGCGAAAUACCCUACAAGGAUGUCGACUCGUCGGCCAUUAUCUGGGGCGUAGGCAACAACUCGCUCAAGCUGUUGGUUCCCAGCACCUGUCCGGAGGGAUUCAAGCUGCUCGUCAAGCUCUGUUGGAAGAGCAAGCCUCGCAACCGCCCUUCGUUCCGACAGAUCCUCUCGCACCUGGACAUCGCCGGCCCGGAACUCCUUCGAAAAACCGAGAAGCAAUAUUUCGAGACCCAAAAGUCUUGGAAGGAGGAGGUCAGAUCACACCUGAAGGAGAUUACCCAAAACGGCACCAGUAUACACAAGUACGAGCAGGAUCUGAUUAAGCGGCGCACGGCGGAGUGGCGACAUGCCCAGGACAUCCGAAUGGUGUACGAGGAGAAGCUGCAGAAGACUAACCAGCUGUUCUUCGAGCUCAGCGAGUGCAUGUCCCAGUUGCAGGAGAAGGAGAAGGAAAUCGCAGAGCGUGAACGGAAGCUCCCUGGCAGUGGCUACAAACCGACGAGACAUCUGGGGAAUACACUCAGAAAAAUGAAGCACUACCGCCGACGACUGAACGCUGCACCGGCCAUUCAGCAACAAUCAACCACUCCCGAUCCAGAGACCACACCGGAGUCCCCUGUGAAGUGCACGCUCUAUGCGCAAUUGGACAGCAAUUGCCAGCCCAAAUCGUAUCUGGCCAACAUCAUCCCGGGCAGCGGCAUGGGUGGCACAAUGCCGAACAAAAACAAGAAGAACUUCCGGCAUCGACGCAAUGGCUCCGGGUCCUUUGGCGCCCCACCCAAAUACAGUCCGACGCGAGAUCGCCGCUACCAGAGCGAGCCGGAGAACCGAAAGGUGCAGCUGGUGGAGCGGCAAACACAAACGGACGCCAUGGAUGUCAGUGAAACGGACAUUAGCCCCAGCGCAGAAGCGCCCCGAUCUCAGCCCAUCGAUGUUCCAGCUCCGAACCAUCGCCAACUGCCGCUGCAACUGCAGAGGGUGCAGAAGAUUGCUCAAGCUCAGGCAAGGGCUCGAAGCGGAAGCACAUCAUCCGCCGCCGGAGCCCUGAACCCCGCCAGUCCGUCGAACGGCAACUCGCUGAGCACCAGCGAGCUGACUUACCAGGAUGCUUGUUCUAGUCCUGAUCAGCUAAUCGACGAUGUCAUGAACAGCAACGAGCGACUGGAUAUAACCGAGUGCUGCAGCGACAACGAAAACCUGGAGCGCCUGGGCCGCAAAGUCAUCGAAUUCAUCAACGAGAACCGCCUGUCCAUUCAGUCAAACACGAACUCCAACUGCAACACCGAGAAUGGUAAUGGAGGAGGAGCCUCGCCCGUGGAACUGCUGGAGAGCGGCAACAGUCCGUGCUUGAGCCGGUGCAGUAGCACGCACAGCAAGCGGCGCAAGCAACCACUGGGGGAUAAUCCCAACGGCAGCUCCAUAAGCAAUGCCAACGGAGAGUCCCACGAGCAGGACAGCUGGUCGGAUGAGGAGGGUGAAACCACAGACUGCAAGUACGCCCUGAGGAGAAGGAGCUUUGGCCGCCUGCCCAUUGCUCGUGGUAUGCGACCUCGCCGCAGCUACAAGGCUCCACUCUCCCAGAAGAUUGCUAUUCACAAGCGCAAUGUUGUCAUAGUCUCCGACGAGGAGGAAAACACAUCGGAGUACAGUCACUCGCCCUCCAGUCAGCACUCGACGUUGGAGAGCAACGCGGACAUGGCGGACAUGAAAAAAACCCAGGCCACAUCCACCUCAACCAACAGCUACAGCGAGCCCGAAGACGAUUCAAGUGAUUCCAGCGAUGACGAGCAGGGAAAUCGAGUGCCGAAAGCCACGGUUGAGGGCCAAGCUUUGCCGAUGGGCGCCGUGCGUAGCAGCGAUAUUAUAUCCAUACCUACUUUCGAGGCUGAUGGCGCCGUCAAUAUGGUCUAACCUAGUACGAUAUCUAGCCUAAAUAAGAACUCCUAAGCAAAACCCGAAGCUAGACUUGUCCACGUUACCCAGCAAACACUAUCUCUUAUAUACUCAACGAGAAAUCGCCCUAAAUUGUAUGGUAUUAUCUAUGUUCAUGUCCAAAUCUAUAACUCCUCCAAUUUACAUGUACUCGUGUAAGCCUAAGACCGCCUCCAAGCGUUGACCGUUUUGGAGGAUUUCAGAUAGACAGAGCCUUUUGGGUUAGGGGCAAUCUUUAUUCGUGUCGUACUCGUAUCACAUGCAUUUCCUGUUUUGCUGAAUAUAAUUUCCAUUAGACUUAGUUAAUACAACCAUUAUUCUUGUCCUUAGAGAGCUGCCUUUGUAAUAUACUUUAAAAAAUGUCCUAAUGUAUAUGUAGUUUAAGCCACUAAGUAUCAUUUUUGUUUCGAUAAUAAGAGCUUGAACCACAAACAAAACAAAGCCCCUCACAAAAACGAACUACAAAGCAACAAAGUAACAGAAUUGGCCUCAGGCAUUAAAUAGUAAUGAAAGGGAAGAGAAAAUAGUCAGGGAUAUUUUUUAUAAAACAAAAAUUUGCUAAGACCUUGGUAGGGAAGUGUUUUUUAAAAUGCGCAUUGUCCAUAUAAUUUGGUAGUCGCUUUCGAAUACAAGUUCCCAAUUAUUCUGGGAACUAGGCAUUCGGUAAAUCGAAAUCCUUCUUUCUAUAUGCACAAAAUUCCAAGCUUCAGUGCCUUAACGCAAACACAAAAACAUAAAUGAAAUGGAAAUAUGGUUUGGAGCAACUAAUAUAAACUUGUAGAUCUAACCGCGGCUAUGACGUGGGCAUGAGCGCUUUCUAGACGUUAUAGACAACUUACGGAACAAAUAACUAUAUAUUUGGUAAAGUACGUUUCGCCCUUCUGGAAAUCGUUCAUCUGCUGCUAAACGAAUUACAUAUUAAUAUAAUUCUAUAUACACUCAAUAUAUAUACAUAUAUAUUCUAUAUAUUUACACACUAGUUGGAUGUUUAGCUUCGUAAGAUGUGUCGUUUCUUCGAGUGCGACUUUUCUCUACAUUAUGUAAAAGUACUCCAUAUUAAGUUUAAUUUUAACGACUCAUACGAAUUAGACAUAAUAAUAAAAUACAAAUAUUUAAGAACGCUGAAAACCCUAGAA